UGGUGAGUAAAGUGUGCAGGCAAACAGUGGCCGAGAAAUACAAGGCCCACUGUUGCUCUUCAAGACGACCUAGGUCUUGUUUUAGUGAUCAACUUUUCAUGUAGUUUUGACGUUCUCCUCACAUUCACCAAGUUGGUCUCAGUGUGUUCUAAUAAAGUGCUCCAUACCUCAAUCAAACUAAAUAUCCAUAUUGAAUAUUUUUAGUCAAUGUUUAACAAUUAAAUUGUGAUAGUAAAAAUGAAAUUAUUUUUGGUUUAUUUUUUUUCUCUGGUUGUCUUAUCCAGAACAAUGGAGUUAGCCAACCUAACAGACUCAAGUAUUGAGAAUGAUGAUGAUGAUCUACUAUCAGAAAUAAAUUUCGAACAAUUUAAAAAUUCUAUACGAAGAUACCGAAGAUUAAUUCCCUACAUGAGUUUCUAUAUCUCCAAUUAUAACGUCGACAAUCAAAGGCUACAUCAGUUACAUCAACAAAGUAAUGAGAAUUUCUUACCACCACCACCAGUAGUCUUAUCACCGAUAAACGCACAACCACCAUUAAAGCCUAAACAAAUAGUCAUUAUACCACAGCCAAAAGAUUCGUGGAAGAAGCCAUUGAAUCAACAGAGAACUACAACACUCGUUGAGCCAGAGAAGUUUAUUCCUUCAGUACAAUAUGAUCCUAAAGAUAUUGGAGGAGAUAACGACUACUUUAUGCCAGUCAGAUACAACAAGGUGAGUUAUGAUGAGUACCAUAGAAACUAUGAGAGAAGACCACCACCAUCAUAUCCUGAGAUAACAACCCCGAGUAGUCAAGUGAAUAGAUACUAUGCAAAGGAGCGACCUGUGAGACCUAAAAUUCUUGCUCAUAAUCUUCCUUUAUAUGACCGACAAUAUCCUAAACAAGUAACUCGUCUUCCAGACCAUGUCUUUGAAUAUAAUUUGAAACAGAAACCCACGCCAGUUGAUGAUUUGUAUUAUCCAGUUGAUGAUUUUGAGUCAUUAAAGUUUAUCAAAGUGAACCGACCAUUGGAAAAUUAUCAUCAACCAAUUCAUGUCACUACAAAACCUGCUGUGUAUGCACCUAGAUAUUCAGAAUUGCAUGAUAAAAUUUUGAAAAGUCUUCAACUAACAAACCAAUUACCAGAAAUGCUUAAUAAAGAUAACAUCGAUUCAAGCAUCAAAACUUUGGUUGAAAUUUUAAGCCUACUUAACAGUGCUAAGAAACAGGAAGCAUCAAGAUUACCAGAAACUCCAGUGGUUGAACAAAAUAUACCAGCUUAUAAAGAAUUCAAAGUGCAACAUUCACAGCCUAAAGUCGUGACAGAAACGAGGUUCCAAGCGACUCCAGCUCCUAUAAUUCCAGACGAAAUAAUACGAUUCAAAGCUCCUUCUUAUUCAAAUAAUGUCGCAAAACCCGAAUCAAUUAAGUACUCAGAUUACAAUGAUGACAGUGGUUUGAAGAAUCAAAAUGUCAUACAGUUGUAUUCAGGUCUAGUUCAAGACAUGAAUAAAGGAGGAAAUUUCGCGACUUAUACUCUUAUUAAGCCUCAAAUAACUGAAGAUUCUCAUCAAAGUUCGUAUGAGAUAACUGAAGACGCUGGCGAAAAGGAUAAGGAGCUUCCACCUAUCGUAACAGAAGCACCACCAAGUCAUUACCAGUUGACUGAGGGAUUCAAUACGCCUACAAUGUCUAUUAAAUCAGGCGCUAUUCGAGGAAAGCCUAACCUUGAUUAUCCAACGUACGCUUCAAUACCUCACACAGACUUCAAUUGUAAAGAUCAACGCUACAAAGGAUUCUUUGGUGAUCCUUCAACGCGUUGCCAGGUAUGGCAUUACUGUGACUUAAAUGGAGGUAAAUCAUCAUUCCUCUGUCCUAAUGGAACAAUAUUCAGUCAAGUUGCACUGACAUGCGACUGGUGGUUUAAUGUGAAAUGUGAAUCAACAACACAACUCUAUGUAUUAAAUGAAAGGCUAUAUAAAUUUAUACUUCCAAUAAUGCCUAAAUUUCCUGAAGAUUUUAUUGGCCCGGAAGUUGACCGGUACCUCGAGCUCAAAUUUAAAGAAAUGGAAGCUAAAUUAAAGGCAAAAAAGCUAAAAAAAAUCAUGGAGAAAAAGACAAAAGAAAAGCCACAACAAGUUAAUCAAGAAGAAUAAUGUAAUACGAGUGGAUCUCGCAUAAUUUAGUUGCCAUUUUAUAAAAAUAUAUUUAUAUUUCUAGCUUGCGCAUUUUUUUUAAUUAUUUUAAUUUAUACUUGAUUCAAUUGUAAAAUACUAGAAAGCGAACGGGUAUACUUAUUAUACAUUAUGUUAAUACAUAAGUAUUUUCUUCUUUUUUCUAGUCAUCGAAUUAAAAUUAUUUUAUUUAUUGAAUUGCUUGAUCCACUCUAAUCAACAGCGCUAUCUCGUACCUAUUAUUUUAUUUUUAUUUAAGUUUAGUAUGCAUCAAUUUGCAAAAAGAUAAAAAAAAUGCUGCCUAUUAAUUUUAUUAUAAUCUUUUAUAUGGUGAUGGACUUUUAGAAAUAUUUAUUGUUAAUUGAAAAUCAAUUGACUGUCAAAUAAUUAAUUUACUGGAUGCUUCUCCAGUGCAGAACAGUGUGAUUUUUUUACUAUUUAAUUCCUACUGUGUACCUAAUUUGUGUUAGUUAUCUUGGAGAUAUUUUAAAUAAACUUCCAUGUUUUGUA